UGAAAACUUGACUGAGUGAAAAUAGGCGACAAAUUUGUCUCGGUCGCAAACAAAUCAAAAAAGAGAGAGUGUGAUCGUACGUAUACGUAAUACGCCGCCCACAUUACGUAUACGCAAUAUGCUGCUUAGCCCCAGCGAGUGCCAAACAAUAUUGGAAAAUGUGAAAAAGAGAGCAAAUCUCAAACUUAUCGACUAUCGUGUAGUUAGGGAUCUUGAAGCCAUCGGUUAUCUAGGGGAUUACUAUAUCCUGACUCUGAGAUAUAGCCAUGAGGAAGAAGGAACUCCUGAAGAAAUCAAACUAUUCGUGAAAACCCUGCCACAAGCAAGUGCUGAGCUUGCUAAAGAGGCCUUUUUUCAAAAGGAAGCAUGGGUUUACCAGACUUUACUGCUUCAGAUGCAGAAGUAUUCACCUACAAAAUGGAGCGCCGACUGUUAUUUCACUCGCUGCGAUUUAUUGGUUCUGGAGGACAUCAAACAGAAAGGUUUCAGAUCGGCAGAGACACUCGAACUCUCCGAGAGUAAUAUGCAGCAAUUAAUGAAAGCAAUUUCUGCCUUUCAUGCUGCCGGUUUAAUUUACGAACACAAAACACAAAAUAAUAUAGGAGAAACCUAUGCCGAUCAUUUGCUGGAAUUCUCAGUGGCCUCGGAGGUAGCCUGGUUCACCACAGGACUCGCUGCUGUCUUGGCUGCUGUGAGGAGUCUACCACAAUAUCAGGGAAAAAAGGAACUCUUAUUUAUUGACACCAAACUUCUUAAGAUAAUGGAGGAAAUCUACGAGCAGGCUGCACCCUCGAAAAAAUACAAGAAUGUCCUGUGUCAUCGUGACCUUUGGUCGGGUAAUGUCUUUUUCCCACCCGAAAAAUCGUCUUCCGCUUUGCUUAUAGAUUUUCAAACCUGUUGCUAUACUCCACCAGCUUCCGACCUGAACUUUAGUCUUUACAUGAAUCUUAGUUCGGAGAAUAGGAAAAAUAUGGAAAGAAAAUGUAUUGAUAUGUAUCACAGUUUUUUGAUGAAAAAUCUAAAGGAUUUUGAGCUUGAGAAAUUGGCGAUUGAAAAGGCUGAACUUCUUGAAUCCUAUGAAGAUUAUCGUUUAUUUGGUGUGGUCUAUAGAGCAGUGGCUGCUACAAUUGUCAAGGUUCCUCAGGAAUUCAUAACUAAUGAUUUCAAGUAUGUGGAUCGCAGUGGGGUUAUCCUUAGUCAUAUGGCAAAGGAUGAAGAGUUUAGAAGAUAUAUGGAGGAGUGCUGUGUGGAUGUCAUGGAGAUGGCCUUGGCCAGGGAAAACAUGUGAACAAAUCUGAUGAUAAGGAAGUGUGGCUGUUCUUAUCGGCAGAUUCAGUUUUUA